AUGGCUUUUCUGUGCGGGUUUCCGGCCAUCUGUCCGCGAUUCGAGACCUUUUCCCAGACUGAUUUCCCCGUCUUCCAGCGUCGCCGUUUCCUAAGCCGCAAGCGCGAUGAUGCAGAUGUUCCCAAACGAACUCGAACAAUGUCUAUCUUCGGAAGCUCAAAUAAGAAUGCACGUGAAGCGCUGCGAAGCUUGGUUGGAGUCUCAACGUUUAUUCCGCCCGAUAUAUUAGCACCACUGUCACCUAGUGGUCCAGCCGGAGGCAAGGCACCUAUUGGCAACAGAUUCCACGAUGUCAUUGACGAGCUAUAUGACGGGUUGAAGAUGAAUGACAAAUUUUUAUCCCGAGAGAAGCUUUAUGCCUUUCUCAGAGAUGUUCAAUGCGAACCCGUUAUUAAAAAUCUCGACAAGGAGCAGUAUACCGCGGGAGAGUUCCGCCAUGUGUUGGUAGAAGGUUAUGGCGUCAAUGCAAUUGGGCAGCCUCCAGAGAAGGACCUCUCAAAACCUCUGACCAAUUACUUCAUCAACAGCAGCCACAAUACAUACCUGGAUGUUCCCUGCGGAUUUAGAGAAGUUUGCAAGGCUAUUAAGGAAUCCGCGUUUGAGAACAACGACUUGCCAGUCAUUAUCAGUUUGGAAGUUCACGCCGAUCACGAACAACAAGAGGUCAUGGUGAAGAUUAUGAAAGAGGAGUGGCAAGACCUUCUUGUGACCGAAGCACACGAAGAUUUUGAUCCAAGAUUCCGUCUUCCGAAAUUGCAGGACCUGAAACGCAAAAUUCUGAUCAAAGUGAAGAAAGCUACCGUCACAAUGGAGCCGGUUAGCCCUCAAAAUGCGGUGGACAGCACAGCACCAGUUGUCUCUCAAACUACUUCGCAGACCACCUCGCAAGUCAACGGAGACAGUAUGACGCAAGUUUCUUCCCAAAUAACUUGGGGGGAGAGCACAGCCGACCGUCUCCUCACAGCCCCAGGAGACUCAGAUACGAACUCAACAGAAAACGACGAAUGCCACAACGCCCGACAAAUGCCUCCGGCAAAGUCCGCCUCCGCUCCGGCCGCGCCAAGUGUAUCCCACGACAAAGUUAACAUGGGCCGCAUAUGCCGAAGCCUCGGUGAUUUGGCGGUAUACACGCGAAGUGAACAUUUCAAGACCUUUGAAGCGAAGGAGGCAAAGCGGCCAGCUCAUAUCUUCUCCAUUAGCGAGAAGCGUAUCUUGGAGCUGUAUCAGAGACAACGGCGCGAUGUGUUCUUACACAACAAGAAUUAUUUCAUGAGAGCGUAUCCCGACAAGAUGCGAUGGGACAGUUCAAAUCUCGACCCCAGCCUGUUUUGGAGACGCGGAGUACAAAUGGCUGCUAUGAACUGGCAAAACACAGAUACGGGCAUGAUGAUCAACGAGGGCAUGUUUGCAGAUGAGAAGGGCUGGGUUCUUAAACCGCCGGGCUACCAAAGUUCCGAUAAGUCAUCUGAAUCCCACGACGAUGCAACGCCCGGAUCUACAUUAGAUCUCCGCUUCACCAUAUUCGCCGGUCAAGAUAUCCCCACGGAAAGCGACGAUUCGGGGGAUGAACCAAGAAGCGGAAGCGCCAUCCGUCCCUACGUCAAAGUCACACUUCAUGUAGAGAAAUCUGAAUUGGCCACUGGUAAGGAAAUAAGCGAAAGUGACUACAAGAAGCGAAUAGGUGCGGGAACAACGAACAAUCCCAAGUUCCCCGAAUCUAGAAGGCGCCUCGAAUUUACUGGCAUAACCAAGGUUGUUCCGGAGCUCAGUUUCGUCCGUUUCCGAAUAGGUGACGACUCCCGCAUGAGCACAUCAGUACUGGCAUGGGCAUGUAUUCGUCUCGACCGCCUCCGUUCGGGAUACCGCUUCAUUCCGCUGAUGGAUCUGGAAGGUGCUCCUAUCCCCCGUGGUGCACUAUACGUCAAAAUUGAGAAAUCACUUGCAUAG